AUGAAACCCACCAGGCCCGACUAUGAAGAUGAGGAGGAACCACCCUCCAGAAACCCAGAAGUCCAGCGGACCCGUCCAAAGUCAUACCAAAAUAGAUCCGCUUCGGGAAACAAUCAAUCCGCGCGAUCCUUUGCCGAGAGGGCGAAAGACAUCCCGCCCCAAGGGAAGAAGAGUUGGAUGGAAAAGCCACUCCCGCCAGAGCCGUCUUCUCCGAUGGAUGAGAACGAUGACCCGCGAGGCGAUGGGGUCGCCGCCGUGGAGGACGAAACCACUCGUAAUAAUCAACGGUCGACGAUGAGUCGGUCAAACACCAUUCGCUCCACGUCAGAUCAGCAAUCUAACUGGGCUUCGGACCGUUCGCCCCUCCAAAAAUUGGAGGUCACUCUGACCGGUAUCAGCAAGGAGGAAAAGAGAGCUAGGGUCUUGGAAGCGGAGAUGAAGCUGAAGGAACGGAUGGCUCGCCAACGCGAGGGCGGCAGUGACACGUUGUCGCCCGUGCUACCUGCACAGGGUGCUGUACCCCGUAAAGAUUCAACAUCAGCAUCGUCCCAUCAACCGUCUACGCAGGACUCACGGCAUUCCAGUCAUCAACGGGGCGCUUCCGUAACGGUACCGAACACAGGUCGACCGGAUCGAAGCAGAGUACCGUCCGUUCAAUACACUUCAACACGUUCCGCUGAGCAGUCCCAGCAUUCAGGUGAACAGCAGCAGCCAACUGUUAUGAAAAGAGGCGAUGUACCCAGACGGACGGUCUCCGUAAGCCACCAACCAGAGGGGCAUGGUGUGAGACCUUCACCAAACCAACCGAUUCCCCGGGACAACCAGUACCCCCGAACGAGACCUGUUUCGCAGCUUCCGCCGUCCUCCGGCUCUGGAACGGUGGCUUCAGACCGAACACAGCCGCCGCGCAUGGAUCCUGCGACCCAGCAAAGGGCGGUUGAUUCCACUCGAUCCGUCAAGAGAAUAGACAUCCCCACACCUGCCAUGCCCGCCCAGGCAAAAGGAAAGAAUGCUCAGUCGAAAGAACCAACACAAACGCCUGGCGUUCUCCCGGCCAACGAGAAUUUAACUCGGGACAUGUCCGCAAAUAUACCAGCUGCUCCAAGUGCUGAAGCAGAUGUUACUUCCCAACCAAAGCCGAAGAAACAGACCGUUUCGUUCAAUGUCCCUCCACCAACACCCCCUCCUCUUUCCGAAUGGAAGAACGCCCCGGUGGCCAGGCUGGGAGCCGUUGAAUUCGAUUUCCAGUCCUUUGACGCUGAAAAGAGUAAGGCCUGGUGGGAGGGCGGAACCAGCAACCGCAGACGGAGCAACAAGCGCUUCCACCCAUCAUUAUUCCUGAAGUGCGGGCCCUUACUCCGUUACGCUGGAUUAAAGCGAGUGCGGAUCGAUGGACCCAAUGGGCCCUUCAACAAGGAGACAUGGAGGGGGAGUGUGUUGAUCGUGACCAAAGACUCGCGCUCCACGUAUUCGCCCGCGCCGACCUUGAGGGUAUUUUCCCAACCCGUGGACCUUCUCCCUCCCCCUCCCGUGGAACUCCAGGGUGGAAGCGGCCACCUUGCCCCGGAAUAUGUCGACCCGACUGCGGGUCUCAUGAAGCUGGGCCGUGAUGGACGACCUCUAUACGUCAAGCCGGUGGAGCAUACAGAGGAAGCGGUGGAUCUGUCGUUUAUUGAAAACGACGACGGCAUCUACGAAAUGUCCGCUAGCAUCAUCGAUUACGACAGCAAUGGCGCCAAACAGCCAAUCCCGGCCAAUCGAGUCCACCCGGUAGAUGGGGAGAGCGCAGGGGCGUAUAAAGAGCUUUCAGGUGUUCGCCUGUACGCAGACCCCGGGAGAGACGUCACCUUCUGGAAGUUCAACAUUGAGAUCGAGCUAGGCCAGACGCAACAACGGGUGGCUUAUCGCUUAAACCAAGGACCGGCAAUCGGGUUCUGGGUGCCCGCCAGAGGCCACUCGAUGAACAUCAUGUACCAUUCCUCCAAUGGCCUCAGGCCCCACGUUGACAGCGAUCGAUUCUGCGGUCCCGAUCCCCUGUGGCGAGACGUGCUCAACGAGCACCAGACGCGCCCAUUCCACGUGAUGAUCGGUGGAGGGGACCAGAUCUUCAACGACCGGGUGACGAUGGAAUCGCCGCACUUCCAGGAAUGGGCUAAGAUUAAGGAUUCCCAUGACAAAUACGACUCGCCUUUCAACCUAGAUCUCCGCGCGGAACUGGAGACUUCAUUCCUGGAGCACUAUUCGGCGUGGUUCUCCCAGGGCCUGUUUUCCCUGGUGAACUCGCAGAUUCCCAUGGUCAAUAUCUGGAAUGACCAUGAAAUCCUUGAAGGCUUUGGGUCCUACUCGGACGAUUUCAUGAGCACCCCCGUGAUCUCCGGGCUGGGUAAUGUUGCCUACAAAUACUAUUUGCUGUUCCAGCAUCAUAGUGUCCCCGAGGAGACCGAAGCGGACGAGCCGAGCUGGCUGCUUGGACCUCAUCCGGGCCCGUACAUCAACCAACGCAGCCGCAAUUUGUUCAUGUCUCUGGGUGACGGCGUGACGUUCCUCGGCCUAGACUGCAGAACGGAACGGAUGACCGACGAGAUUUUGAGCGAGCAAACGUGCGACCUGAUCUGGGACCGAUGCCAUCGCGAGAUUGUGCGAGGGGAAACCAAGCACUUGAUCGUGUCGCUUGCUAUUCCGCUUGCCUACCCCCGAGUGGCUAUGGUCAAGAACAUCCUCAACAGCCGGAAAUCGCUCGGUAAGGCGGGGGUGUUUGGCGGACUCGUGAGCAAGACCGGCGGCAAGGUAGAGAUCUUCGACGACCACUGGACAGCGAAGCACCACAAAGCAGAGCGGACAUACUUGAUCGAAGACCUUCAAGACCUUGCCGCGGAGAAAUCCGUCCGGGUAACCAUUUUGAGUGGAGACGUACAUCUGGCAGCAAUUGGGCAAUUCUACUCGAAUCCCAAGCUAAACGUCCCCAAAGACCGCGAUUAUCGAUACAUGCCGAAUAUCAUCUCGUCGGCGAUUGCGGACAUACCCGAAACCGAGAUGGUCUCCGACACGCUCAACAAGCGCAACCGCGUGCAUCACCUGGACACCAACACGGACGAAGACAUGAUUCCGAUCUUCACCCACGAUGUCAACAAUAAGCAGCGGAAUAACAAGCGGCUGCUGCCGCGGCGUAACUGGUGCUCCAUCCGGGAAUACCAACCUGGCACCACCCCGCCCGGCACACCAGACGAGCCCGAAUCGCCACUGCCCACCGAGGAGCCCCAGCCAACAAAGUUACAGCGGACCCUGUCCCUAACCAGCGGGGAUCGACCAAAGGCAAGCGAAGGCGGACUCCUACGACGGCUCUCCCUGCGAGGCCGCCAGGCCCCCAAAGAAUUCACUCUCGGCAACGAACCCAACCGCCGAACAAUGAGCAUGGACGGGCCCUUCCCACCGCCGGAGUCAGGCGAGAGCUACUUCCCACACGGCGCCGAGCCACGACCAGGACCUUUCCACCGCCGCCCAACAAGUCUCAGUCUCAAGUCUACCAAAAAGACAGGCGACGACGGAGUAGGCAGCUUCGUCAACCUCGAAGGCGGGCUAGCCAUCACGCUAAACUUAGAGCUCAACCCGCGGGAUCCGUCGGGCAUCACAACGCCCUACAGACUGCUAGUGCCGAUGCUACGGUACGAUGCAGGCGAAUAUGACCCGCCCGCGGCGCCUGUCGCUAAGGGGUGGAAGAAGUGGUUGCGAGUCCGCCGGAACAAGGCUGAUCGACACUACGUGGAGGAUACGGAGGCUGAAGAGGGCUUCACUGACGAUGACGAUGAGGGAGGAGAUCGAGACCCUCCUUCUGAUGGAGACGAUGUGAUGUCGGGCGCUGUGCCCCCGGAGACGCUGGUGCCUUUGAGCCAUCAGGGACUGGAGUAUGAUGGGCGCGAAAGCGUUCCCAGGCGCAAGAGCAAGAAGUGGUUUGGGCGGAAGGGGUGAUUGAUGCGUUGUUAUUAUGAUUUAUGACCAGCUGUUGAUGAUGACGACGACGACGAUGAUGACAUUUAUGAUCUUACGGGAAUGGAUAGAUUAGAUACCCUUGAACCGACUGGACUAAUC